AACAGGGCAGGUGCUGAGCUCUGACUGCAGCUUUUCAUUUGGAGGACGUUUUACCUGCAUUUUAGAGAUUUAUUUUGGUGAGAGGGAAAAAGACUUUUGUGCUCAGUAAAAUGCCCAUUGGCAAAGUAUUUUUAACUGUGACUCUCGUUUGGGGGAUGUGGGGUUCAAUGUUGUUUCCAGUCGUUUUCUCCCAGUCGUCAUUCCCCUCUUCAAACAGCAGGGGCGGCGUCACACUUGACUCUUCUCCGCUGGUGUGUGGUCAGUCUGGACCAGGAGCCACGGGCCCCCUGGGGCCUCCAGGAGAGGACGGCCCUGAUGGGCGGGAUGGGCGCAGGGGGACAAAGGGGGGCAGAGGUAAAUCUGGGAGCCCUGGGAAUCAGGGGAAACCUGGGGUCAAAGGUCGCAAAGGUGCAAUUGGGAAGACUGGACCUGCUGGACCGGGGGGGCCGCGUGGAGCUCCGGGACAAACAGGGAAAAGAGGAGCAAAGGGAGAGUCCGGCGAUGAGGGGGAACCGGGGGCUCCAGGAGGAUGUAACUGUGGCCCCUCCGCCCGCUCCGCCUUCUCUGUGGCACUGACUAAAAGUUCCCCUACGGAACAUCGGCCCAUUCACUUCAGACACAUUCUGCUGAAUGAGGGGAAUCAUUACAACGCCAGCACUGGGAAGUUUGUGUGUGUAAUUCCUGGAGUGUAUUAUUUUUCAUAUGACGUCACUGUGGGUCAGAGGCAUCUGGCCCUUGGGCUGGUUCAUAACGACCAGUUUAAAACCAGAACAUUUGACACAAACUCGGGGAAUUAUGAUGUGGCUUCUGGUUCUGUCGUUGUUCAGCUGCAGAGGUCAGACGAGGUGUGGCUGCAGGUUUACAACUCUGGACACAACGGCCUGUUCUUUGACCCGUUCUGGGCGGACAGCACUUUCACUGGGUUCCUCCUCUACGCCGACCACGACUAUCUCACUGCGGCCGAGAGAAAGGCCAACAAAAACAGCACAUAAAAACACACACACAUAAUCCUGUUUAUUCAGGCUAUUAAUUAAAACUGUGUGUGUAUCAAUGUCACAGCUUCAGACCAGCAGUGUGCAGUUACCAGAGGGAAACACAAGGUGGCGCACGAGCAAUAAAACUAUAUGUGUGUAUAAGUGUGUGUAUGUGUGUAUAUGUUUACAUACACACACAUAUAAACACGACCAGUCAAAA